UCAAACUAGUGGUUCUCUGGAUCUUUUGCGUUGGCCCCCACAAUGCAGCUGACUUCUACCAGGAGACAAUUCUUGAGGCUGUUUGUCGGCACCUUUGCCCUUGUUCUGCUUUGCCGGCGGCCUUUUGAUGGUGGUGAGGCAUUUGUUCCCAUGACAGGCAACCAUGAAAGCAUGAGCCGAAGAGGGCUACUUGGCGCAGCAUUGCCUGCAGUACUGGGCGGCCCUGGAGCAGCGUCUGCAAUGACUCAGGGAAUCACGGAUGUGGUUGAGUACAUGAACAGGCGCAAGAGGGAGCUUGUUCCGUACAUGAAGCAGGGUAUUGACUACUUGGAAUCCCAUGAGAUUGAUGAGAGGAUGCUCCUGUUCUUGCCAAAGAUGUGCCGAAAGAUGGAAGCCUAUGCGGGUUUGCAGUCUCGCGGAGCAGCUCCUGAUAAGAAUACAUACCGGCUGAAUGCCUCAGUUAGAGCUUUCGAGAAGGCGGUGAAGAACGGAGACAAGAAAGCAGCGCUUGAGGCCUUUCAGAAGUACCAGGAUGAUGUGCCCGAAGGUAUCGCUCGCUUUGACAUCCACAUCCCUGAGACCUUCGAGGGGCCAAAGGACGUGAAUCUGCCAGCAGCAACCUAGUUUCAUAGAUUUGUUCCGUUGUUACCCAGCCAUACAUAGCCCACUAGCAACAAACAGGGACCAGAUGCUUGGCAUUGCUUGAGCAGUAUGUGGACAUAGCCUUGAUGAAAAUGGAAUAUUUUCAGACAUGGCAUGGGGGCCUUGUGCUCACCAUGCACUGUCUCUUGCAGUGGCUUUGGCAGACGGCAAGUCAGUUUC